UCAGCCUCACGUCAUCCAUGAUUUGCUCUCCUUAUUGCUUCGUGCUUACAGCCGAUGAGUUAAAAAGAGCGACAAAACUUCGUUGUCGUGAUGGAAAUUUUGACAGCAAAAUUAUAUUGACUUUUAAAAGUCCUUCGUGUUAUUGUGUCAUUGAAUUUUAUAAAACUGUGAAGGUUUCAAUUCCUUUUUGUAUCCCACUUUUCUUCCGCAAGCCUUAGAAAUGACAACCAACUGGAACUACCCCGACCCCGCCCUGCAGGAUGAGCUCAGGAAAAUCGCCAACGCCAUCGUGGCCCCUGGAAAAGGAAUCCUCGCCGCCGACGAGUCCGUCUCGACGAUGGGGAAAACGAUUGCAAGACAUUGGAAUGCAAAACAGCGACGAUGCCCGUCGCAAAUACAGGCAACUGUUGUUCUCCACGUGUCCGACUCUCGGCGACUACAUAUCCGGCGUGAUUCUCUUCCACGAAACCCUAUACCAAAAGCACGACGACGGUACUCCGUUUCCGGAAAUGUUGAAGCAAAGAGGCAUCAUUCCCGGCAUCAAGGUGGACACGGGCGUCGUGCCGUUGUUCGGCAGCAACGACGAAUGCACCACCCAAGGUUUGGACGAUCUGGGAAAACGCUGCGCCCAAUACAAGAAGGACGGUUGUCACUUCGCCAAAUGGCGUUGCGUCUUGAAGAUCGGCAAGCACACGCCAUCGUAUCAAUCGUUGAUCGAAAACGCCAACGUUUUGGCCCGUUACGCUUCGAUCUGUCAGGCCAACAGAAUCGUACCGAUCGUCGAGCCCGAGAUCCUGCCCGACGGCGAGCACGAUUUGACCACUUGCCAGAAAGUUACUGAAACUGUAUUGGCUUUUGUUUACAAGGCAUUGUACGACCACAAUAUCUACCUGGAAGGUACGCUGUUGAAACCCAACAUGGUCACUUCCGGUGCUCAAUCGCCGUGCAAGGCGCCUCCGGAAGAAGUUGCCCGCGCUACCGUCGAGGCCUUCCAACGUAGAGUCCCUUGCGCCGUGCCUGGAGUCACCUUCUUGUCCGGUGGUCAGUCCGAGGAGGAGGCGACCGUCAACUUGAACGCCAUGAACUUGCAUCCUGGAAAGAGACCGUGGGCUCUCACCUUCAGUUACGGUCGUGCCCUUCAAGCUUCAGUACUCAAGGCUUGGGCUGGAAAAGAUGAAAACAUUAAAUUGGCUCAGGAUGAAUUACUGAAGCGUGCCAAGGCAAACAGUGAAGCCUGUCAAGGUAAAUACGUAGCUGGCAGUUGUCAAAGCUAUGCUGGGGACGCUGGGUUAUACGUCAAAAACCACGCAUAUUAAACUAAAGAAUGAAUACCUCUCUUUACUAUAUCGAUGUGACGUUCAAAUUGUUAGUGAUUACAUAUUUAGAUCUUUAUGUUUUAAAAAAGUCUGGCUUGUUAAUGUAUUGUAUAUAUUGUGUUAGGGUUUAUACAAAUUUUAUGUAUGUUAUUUUGAAGAUAAUUGGUGAAGUUUUUACUUUGAUAUCAUCAAUUUCUAAUCCAAAGCAGUAAAACUAUAUUUUAGGGAGUAAAAUGUUGAAUAUUCA